AGCGAACAAAAUACUCAACGGCUGACUCGUCGACUGAGACUUCGUAUAGUUUGAGUCCCAUUACAAACAUGCAGUUGCAGUCAACCUGAUUAUUUGACCAUAUGACAAAUAUUUUCUUUUUCUAAGUUAAAAUGUAUUGUUUAAUAAAAAAAUAAAACGAAAUGUGGAAAAUAAAACUUGAUGUAGUUUGAGUCACGUUAAAGACAUGCAGUGCGUCAGUGCUGAAAUUCUUGUGAAUGUUCAACGGGUGUGGAAAUCUGAAGUUUCUAACUUCAAAUCUCCCAGAUUGCUGCUGCAAGGCCCACUUGCCAAGGUAACAACGAUGACUUGAGACUUGAGAGUGGAGUCAUCCGCCAGUCGAUGACCAGAGCGCACCCAUCCAUCUACGUGGUAAAAUAGAUAAACUUAAUCUCUUUGCUGAAUGAAUUCACAGAUUGAACCUAGUUUAAAAAAAAUUCACCAAGCUGACCCUUUUGUGUGGCGCCCGACACUUAGACGCCACACUAUCCUGUAUGACACCUAAGCAGUCGACGCCACACAAAAAGGUCACGCUGGCGCUUCAGGAUCCACCCCUGACCGUGUGACACCUAAGCCUCGGGCGUUGCACAUGAUGCAGUGUGACGCCGAGGGCUUAGGCGCCACACAUGCAGCUCCGCUACCCGGUGACGACAAAGCAGAAGCAGCAGCCUCCCGACCUGCCUGCCGCGGCGAAGCUCACAAAGGACAGCUUGUCCGAGUCCAAGAUCUGGAUGGUGCCGCCGGCGUCGUCCAGGAAAGGGGACACCGACGCGGACGGGAGGCGCAUGGUGUCGUUCCGGUGGCCGAUGAGGAGCGGCAAGGACGGCGAGGAGGAAGGAGGGGUCGAGCGGAAGAGCGGGAGCGAGGCGGACUGGGGCGACGUGGAGACGGGCAGCGGCGGCGGCAACAGCGUGGUGUCGUCGCUCACGGAGGAGCGUCCGUCGUUCGCGCGGCGCACCCUGCUCUGGGGCGACGUGGAGACGGGCUGCGUCGGUCGGCAGCUUCCAGAGGUCCCUCUUCCUUCCCCGAAGAGGCUCGAGGUUGCCGGUGGAUUGAGCCGAUGCUGGAAGGCAGGGGAUAGGCGUGGCUGCGGACGGUUUGGUCAGAACCGUCUUUGAUCCCAGGUCGUGCCCUCAUCUUGGACCAGGCCUUCUUGGAGCUUCGCCCGUCGGGGCUCUCCCCCGCGGUCCUGAUGCUGCCAGUGGUGAUCUGGGUGCCUCUCUCCAGCACUCUGUCAGAGUAGUUCUCCCCAGCACUCUGCCAACCAGUGGGGAGCAGAGCAGCAAUGAAUCUUCUUCGUUUAGUGCUCUCACCAACCAACCAACCCACACUCACUGAGCGAUCACAGAUGAUGAAUGAAUGCAUCUGUUCGUGCGAGAGCAAAGCAGGGCAUCCAAAGCGUUUCUUCUCCCUCCCUCCGCUUUUGCUUGCUUGUUUUAUUGUUUGUCUUCAUCUUCAGCACUGGCUUUGCUUGUUCCAAGUAAUUAACUAGUAAGUAUUAUGACCAAGUCAAGCCAUUAUAUGUAUAUAUUACUUGUUGUAUAUACUUCCUCCAUUUUUAAA